CUCAUCAUUCCACCACGCAACUCAUCGACUUCAACAAUGCUCAGCUGGGCACUAAAUACAUUGAGCCAGGUCUGGCCACCAGCACCUAAAUUCACCGAAAAAGAUGUACCAGAUCAAUCCGGCAAGGUCUUUAUCGUCACUGGCGCGUCAGCCGGUGUAGGCAAGGAAUUAGCCCGCAUCCUCUUUUCGCUCAAUGCCAGGGUGUAUCUCGCUUCGAGAACUGAGAGCAAAGUGAACGAGGCUAUCGCGUAUAUUCGCUCCGCUGUUCCAAAGUCCACAGGCGACCUAGUCUUUUUGCCCGUUAACCUCGAAGACCUAGGCAGCGUCAAGGAAGCAGCAGCCUCAUUCCUGCAGAAGGAAACACGUCUCGAUGCCCUGUGGAACAAUGCCGGCGUGAUGAGGCCGCCCGAAGGCUCCACGUCGAAGCAAGGCUACGAACUCCAGCUAGGCGUCAACUGCAUCGCUUCUUUCCUCUUCACGCAGCUUCUAACGCCAGCUUUGGCAGAGGCUGCUAAACAUGAGCCGCCGGGCUCUGUGCGAGUCCUGUGGGUUGCUUCCUCAGCUGCUGAACUGUUCGCUCCGCAUGGAGGCGUGGACAUGGACAAUCUGGACUACAAGAGGAAUGUAAACACUGGAGAGAAGUAUGGAAUGAGCAAGGGAGGCAUGGUGUUGCUGUCACAAGAGUAUGCACGACGCCAUCAAAAGGACGGCAUCAUCAGCGUCUCCAUGAACCCUGGAAAUCUCAAGACAGAGCUGCGACGCCAUUUACCUUGGAUUGUCGCCACCUUCUUUGGCUGGAUGAGCUGGGAUCCGGUGUAUGGCGCCUACACGGAGCUGUUUGCAGGAUUCUCGCAAGACAUAACGCCCGAGAACUCUGGCUGCUGGGUUAUUCCUUGGGGACGAAUCGCUCCAGUCCGCGACGACAUCCGUGCCUCAGCGGAAAACGGUCUGGGAGAGAAGUUUUGGGAUUGGGAUUUAGCUGACCCUCCCUUCACGUCUGAUGAACUCGCACUCGAAAGAGCAACACCUCAAGAUGUGCCAGCCAUCAAAGCCAUAGUCGAUGCGGCAUACACAAAGUACAUUGAGCGCAUCGGCAAACCACCGGCUCCCAUGACAACAGACUACGAAGAAGUCCUUCAAUCGCACGAUGUCUUUGUGCUGAGGAAAAAAGAAGACGACAUCAUAGUCGGCUCCAUCGUUCUCGGCCACCAACAAGGUUCCGACGCAGUAAAGAUCAACAAUCUGGUUGUUGAUGUCACGGCCCAAGGACGCGGGCAUGGUGGCGUGCUCAUGCGCUAUGCGGCCGAGUUUGCAAAGUCGCGGGGAUGUUCUGCUCUAGAAUUGUUUACGAAUGUCAAGAUGUGGGAGAAUCUUGGACUUUAUGCCAAGAUGGGGUUUAUGGAGACGGAGAGGAAGACGGAUGAGGGCUACGAGCGGGUGUACUUUCGCAAGGACUUGUGA